GUACAACAUGGCGGCGCUGUGGCGGCGGCGCCCACGCCUGCGAUGUGAGCCCCGGCUGUACUGUACGGCACGGGCCCUGUCAGGGAAGUACGACUAUGAUCUCCUAGUUGUUGGAGGAGGAUCCGGCGGCCUUGCUUGUGCUAAAGAAGCUGCUCAGUUUGGAAAGAAGGUGGCUGUGUUAGACUACGUGGAUCCUUCUCCAAAAGGAACCAAAUGGGGACUUGGCGGUACUUGUGUGAAUGUUGGCUGCAUUCCUAAAAAGCUUAUGCACCAUGCAGCCCUUCUGGGGAGCUCUCUCAAAGAUGCCCAGCACUAUGGCUGGAAUAUACCUCAGCCUGUGACCCAUGACUGGUCGACAAUGGCAGAAGCUGUUCAGAACCACGUGAAGUCCUUGAACUGGGGACACAGGAGGCAGCUGCAGGACAAAAAAGUGAAGUACUUCAACUUGAAAGGCAGUUUUAUGGACGCUCACACGAUUCGUGGGCUGUCAAAAGCAGGCCAAGAGACUUUGCUCACGGCAGAAAACAUAGUCCUCGCCACUGGAGGGAGGCCUAAAUAUCCAGCAAAUAUUCCUGGGGCGCUGGAGCAUGGGAUCACAAGUGACGAUCUCUUCUGGUUGAAAAAAUCUCCCGGGAAAACGUUGCUUGUUGGAGCCAGCUAUGUUUCCCUCGAGUGCGCUGGCUUUCUCACAGGCCUCCGAUUGGAUACUGCGGUCAUGAUGAGAAGCAUCCCUCUUCGAGGAUUUGACCAGCAAAUGGCCACCUUAGUAACAGAUUAUAUGGAAGCCCACGGCACAAGGUUUUUAAAGAAAUGCUCCCCGACCAAAGUGGAGAAGAUGGGAAACGGCAGGCUACGAGUCGCGUGGAAAUAUGGCGACUCUGGCAAAGAAGAAAUGGAUGAAUUUGAUACGCUGGUGUGGGCAGUAGGCCGACAGCCUGACACCAAGACCCUUAAUUUGGGGGCUGCGGGUGUGAAAAUUAACUCUGCGAUGGGAAAGAUUGUUGUUGAUGCAACCGAAGCGACGUCUGCUCCUCACAUUUAUGCAGUUGGAGACAUUACAGAGGGUCGCCCUGAACUAACACCGACUGCGAUCGCUGCAGGGAAACUGCUGGCUCGACGUUUGUUUGGCCAGUCGAAAGAACUAAUGGAUUAUGACAAUGUGCCUACUACCGUUUUCACACCCCUGGAAUAUGGAUGUGUAGGCCUCUCGGAAGAACAAGCCUCAGAUCGUUUGGGACCAGAUAAUAUAGAGGUGUACCAUGCGUUUUAUAAGCCUUUGGAAUUCAAUGUGCCUGAAAGAGAUGCCGCUCAGUGUUAUAUCAAAAUGGUGUGUUCACGUGCACAAGAAUGCCGAAUCCUCGGCCUUCAUUUCAUUGGUCCAAAUGCAGGCGAAGUUAUUCAAGGAUUUGCCCUUGGAAUCAAAUGUGGCGCUACCUAUUCACAAAUGCUGAAGACGGUUGGCAUUCACCCGACUUGCGCCGAGGAAGUCACUAAGCUGCACAUCACGAAGCGGUCGGGCUUAGAUGCAACUGUCACCAGCUGUUGAGGUUAGCUGCCAUCCCUGAGUAGCCAAUGAAAGAGCACAUGGCAGAAGCAGUGCAAAGAGCAUAGGAGAGUAUCACGGCACACAAGGCCUGGAG